AGUCCAUAAUCGGCUGGCAUGUCAAUAUUUACUAGAUUGCACGGCAACCAAUAAAGUGGGGUUAUAUCCCUGUAUGGUGGUUGUUUUAUUGGGCGCAUUACAUUUCCAUCAAUCUCGAUCCCAUCAGUCAAAUGCAGUGAUUUCAUUCCAAGUCAUUCCAUGUGACGUGCUUUCAGGGAACUGAGCUUUUUUUUUGGGACGAGCGUGGAGUAGCAAUGAACAACACGGCUAGUAAGCCCAACAUAUCUGACCUCAGAGAUGUAGGAGUACCUUGUGACAUACCUCGCUGGUUAAGCCUUAUCAUUCUGCUAGCAGCCAGUGCUUCGAUACCUCUAGCUUUGCUUUAUCAUUCGAGUAACUACCUGACGAGCGCAGAUGGACUUGCAGAUGGGGGAGAUAUGUACUCACACUUCACUGAAGCGUUGCAUCUUAAACAACAGCUACAACAGUGGGAAACAGACCUUUGGUACGAUGGCGUUACUCUGGGUUAUCCCAUUUUCUUGGCUUACCAGCCCCUUCCUUGUUGUGUAACCGCUGCUUUUAUGACCUUGUUUGAGAGAUACGUCAGUCCUUUCCUUGCGUUCCGUUGGCUGUUCUUCUUGCUUUUGACUGCCAUGCCCUUUUCAUGGUAUUUUGGCACGCAACGCAUUGGCAUGACGUGCCUUCAGUCAUCUAUGGUCACCCUGUGUUUAUUUUCCUUGCAUAGCUGGGUUGAUUUUGGCUUAGAGUUAUCUGCGUUUCGUAAAUACGGUCUCUACACUCAAGCAUAUGGAAUGAUAACGCUGCCUGUUGCUGUUGGAUUUGCAUACCAGUACAUCAUCUACGGGAAAGGAUCAAGAGACGCAGUUGUGAUGGUGAUCGCUCUCAAUCUUCUCUCUCAUUCUAUAUUUGGGAUCUAUUUAGUGUUGUUAACAGGCACAAUCAUAGCUUCAUUUCUCCUUGUUGAAAUUUUCUUCAACAGAACUGCUAUGAACUUCGCGUCAGUGUGCGCACGAGCCUUCGAUGUGCAUGUUACGUCGUUAGUUUACUGUGGAUGGUGGCUGCUUCCAACUCUGUACUGUUUUCAGUACAUCGGGGGGUUGCCAUGGAAAUAUGAUACCACAAACGCGCACAACAUAAGUAUUGUGAUCAGAAAACUGUUAUCUGGCGAGAUCUACGACUUUGGACGGACGUUUCCAUUCAUCACGUUAGGCCUCCUCACUGGCUUGUCGUGUGUUUUUCUUGGCCAUAAUCCACGAGACAAAGAGGCGGCACAUACUGACGUCGCGCUAGCUUCCAAAGCAAGGCAACAGACUCUAUACACAUGGCUAGGCAUGUCUUUCUUUGUUUCUUUGAUUCUGUUCCUCGGAAGAGGGACAUUUGGACCCUGGUAUGAUCUGAUUCCCUUCCACAGCGAUAUGGAAUCCUUGCGCUACUUGAAUGGUCUACAUUUUUUCGGUUUGUUACUGUUCGCAGUGGGGUCCUCCUGUAUCCUGAUUCACGCUUGUAGAUUCGUUACCAAGGUUACUGGCUACACAACGGACAAAGUUCUUGUCAUUUUCAUGCUUGUUUUUGCGCCCAUCUACCUUAGCAGUCAGCUGGUUGUUCUCAAUAACAACCUUACAGUCACUGAAAUGAGUGAAGAGCUACAGCAUUCUCUAAUGAAGUUGAAGCAAUAUCCGGUCAGCGGCCGUCUCUAUGGCAACAAACAAUUUGGUAUUGAAGGGCCAUGGGAAAUGACGUUUCUGCCAUAUUUUACCAGAAAACCCGGGAUACAAACAUAUUCUAGAGGUUAUCAUGACACCUUGUCUGUGUUCUAUCUGGAAUCAUUUCAGCCCGACCUGAAUGUCACUCCUUGGUUUCCAGACCUCAUGAGGCUUUUCAAUAUUCGAUAUAUAUUUGCCAGCAGUUCGGGAGUAAGGACAGAAUUUUUACAAAAAUGCAAUCUCAUAGAACUUAUGAAACUUGACAAUGACACACAGAUUUUCAUAAGGUCACCUGACCAGGAAUAUGGGUACUUUGAGUUUGUUUUUGUUCCAGGGAUGGUCCAAGGGAACCUUAAAGACAUAAGGGCAGUCGUUAGAAGCCUAACACAGAUCUACCAGGUUAAUGCAGUUCUUGCCAUUAACCCAAAAAUUACGUCGAUCUAUGCCAACGUCAAUGUUUCAUCAAAAGAUACCCAGUUGCCAUUAAAAUGGUAUGGCUCUCUAUCUUGGCUAAUAAAUUCAUUAAGACCUAAUAAAACUCCUGUGGCAACAUGGACCUUGGAUGGAUCUGAUGUAUCUGAUGACAUCUUCCUGGAGAGUGUGAUGAAGCAGUAUCUAUGGCAAGCUGUCAGAUCCAAGGUACUCAAGGAAAUCACAAAGAAUAAUGAAUAUAGUGCUAUAGUAGAGAUUCCUCAAGAGGCAUUCAGUAAGGAUUUUUAUUCUACUGAGCACCUACUCCUUAAAGUUUCUUACCACCCUUACUGGUCCUGCCGAUAUGCAAAACCUACGACAUUAAGAUAUAAAGAGAAUGAUCAUGAUGAUCCAAAAGAAACAGACCAGGAAUAUGAAAAAUGGCAUGAAGUUAAAGUACAUCAUGUGAUACCAAACCUCAUGAGUAUUGUUCUUCCUCCUGGUAGACAUGAAGUUGUUUGUUCUUAUUCUAAUCCAUUGUACCAAAAACUAGGCUUUAUUAUUUUCUUAGUUACAGUCACUGUGAUAUUUACAAAAGAAUUCUUACAAAUGUAUUUAAGAUGAUCUGGUAAGGGACCAUUCAUUUUUUAUUGGGAGGGGUCCAUUGUGGGAUUCAAAUCACCUUUUCAGCGCUAGCCGUCACAGGGUAUAAAUUGUUUUAGAUUGUGUUAUGGUCACCAAAAAGUUCGGACAUUGUUCUCGAAUUUUCGUAUAAAUGUACUGACUCUAAAUGAACUAUUUACUUAGUUA